AUGGCUCAAAUUUUGCAAGCAAAAUCUCUUUCUAUCGAAGCUCACCUUAGACAAGGCAUGUCUGCAGCCAAAGUGGCAGCAAUUGUUGGGUUGUCUGAUACCACAAUCAAAAGACAUAGACAAAAAUUAGGGAUUCCUGCCUUUGAGGGCAAGGGUAGACCCACCCAAAUCAAUACAAUGCUUCCCUGCCAUAUUGUAGCAAGACAACUGUGCAGUGAGGGAUCCACUGUACAGCCUCCAGCAAUAAGAACAUUGUUAAAGGCAUCUGGCUUCACCUGUGAACAGGAGCAACCUCUGAAGAUGAAAUCAAACCCCACCAUUCAUAAGAAGUGCAUGGAAUUUGCCAGAAACUACAUAAAUUAUACAGUAGAAGACUGGAAGUUGGUAAUCUUCUCAGAUGAAUCUAAGGAUGCUUCUCCACCUGUCCAUGCUGGAGGACACAUCAUGGUAUGGGGAUGUUUUUCAUCCAAAGGGCACGACAAAAUAGUGAAGAUCGUGGAGAACAUGGACAGCCCAAAAUACGUGGCUGUUCUUCAGCAGGGCCUUCUGGAAACAUUGGAGGAGCAAAAUCUGAGCAAGUCAGAAAUCAAGUUUUUGCACGCAUACAGUAAGAACAAGCUGUACAAGCAUAAGAAGGCUGCCAAGUCUAUGAGAGAGCUGUAG